AUGGACAAGGUCACCAAUCAGAGUGCAGGAUGGAAAAUGCCUAUUCUCCUCACCCUCUGCUUGCUCCAAGCUGCAAAUGCCUUGAAGGGCUCAAGGCUGGUCUCUGGGGAGCUCGGGGGAGCUGUCACCAUCAAGUGCCAUUAUGCUCCCACUUCUGUCAACAGGCACCAGAGGAAGUACUGGUGCCGUCUGGGUCCCCCAACAUGGAUCUGCCGGACCAUUGUGUCCACCAAAAACUACAUUCACCUUCGCUACCACGGUCGAGUGGCUCUGGAAGACCACCCACGGAGCGGCUUGUUUGUGGUGAGGCUGUCGCAACUGUCCCCGACUGAUGAGGGCUAUUACCGCUGCGGCAUUGGAAACAGAAAUGACAUGCUUUUCUUCAGCAUGAAUCUGACUGUCUCUGCAGGUUCUUCCAGCACCAUCCCCACAGCCACGCCUGAUGCGAGUGAGCUCACCAUGACCUCUUGGACAACAGCAUCUCCAAUGGCCAAUCAACAGACCCUAGGGCCCAUCUGGACCACGGAAAGGCAGAGGACAGAAUGCAAUAAAGUUACUCCAACUCCAGGAGCAAACAAAAAAGCAGCUUCCACUACAGGAAGACAAACCCCAGGAAUAACCAGGGCAGCAGUUCCAGGAUCGGGCAGCUGGGCAGAAGGUUUCAUUGGAGCAACAGUUCCCAGUCCAGAGAGCAGGGCUUCAAAACUUGCAGUCAUAUCAAACGCAACAGAAGACCAUUGGGCGUGGGGCUCCAGCAGCUCAGAAACAAAAAGGGUCAGGGUGGACCAAGAAGAGAAAAAGACAACUCCCAAAGCUGAUGGGCCAGCAGAGGAAACACGCAGGAUACAAACAGCCUCAGAUGUAACCUGGAGUGUCGUAGGAACCAUCAGGCCAGCCACUUUGAAUGCAGAGAAACGAGCCUGGGAAACCAUCCAAGAAACAACAUCAGUUUCUAAGCAAGCAGAUCUGGAUUCUAUUGGAAAAGCAACCCCAGCUGCAAAUGUGUGGACCUUGGAAACCACCAGCAAAGAGAUGGUAACUGUGGAGGGGAGUAUGGAAAGAGAGCUGGUACCUACUGCUGGAGGCAGUGGUCCCCAAGUAAUGCUGAGCCAGGUCCCAGCAUUGGGGCCCCUGCGACCUCGUGAUGAGGAGUCCUCCAUGAAGAGCUCUUUUCCAGAAGAGAAAAGUGUCUCUCAAAUCCUGAUUCCAGUCUCCGUAGUGCUACCCUUGGUUAUGCUUCUGCCUCUUGUUCUCCUGCAGAGAAAGUUCUGGAGAAAGAAAACAUCUCAAGAGGCAGAAAGGACCCCUCAGGUGACCCUGAUCCGGAUGACAAGUUUUCAGGAGCUGAGCAUCUCAUCUCAUCUGGCCAGUUGCCCUCCAUAG